AAUGUGCAACGAACACUGUAAAUUGGUGUAACGUUAGCUAGGUGGACAUUGUAUUUAGCUAACUAACCCUACCUGUAGAUAUUUUUCUAGUGUUAUAUCAACAAGUUCGUUGGGAAAUCAGUUGAUUUUUUUCAACGAACAUAACUUUGUCUAUUUGCAACUCUUCAGCAGCCCCCUCCUGAGCAAGAUGAGUGCAGACGGGGGCGGCAAGCCUGCCAAGGUGGGCUCGGUGGUGGAGGUGAUCGGUAAGGGUCAGCGUGGCACGGUGGCUUACGUGGGCGCCACGCUCUUCGCCACUGGUAAGUGGGUGGGCGUGAUCCUGGACGAGCCCAAGGGCAAGAACGAUGGCACGGUCCAGGGGAAGAGAUACUUUCAGUGUGAUGAGAACUGUGGUAUAUUCGUGCGCCAGUCCCAGAUCCAGCUAGUGGAAGAUGGAUCCAGUGCCACCUCUCCAGACACCCCAGAGGCGGCCACUGCCAAGUUCCUGCCCAAGCAGAAAGACAUUCCUGAGACUCCGAAAUCAGUCAAACAGGUGCAGUAACAAGACAGACAAUAUAUGGGUUGUUUUAGAAUGAUUUGUGCCCUUGUGCUGAUUUAUACCCCGUCCCUCUCUUCUUCCCCUCCCUCCCAUUUCUCCUUUUUCAAGUGAUUGUCCUCCCUUUCCCCUACUUCUCUCUCUCCCUCUCCUUUCCCCCCCGAAUACCGUUACAGAUGCCCAUUCCCAAGAAGGUAUAGAUAUUUAAACUGUGCUCAUCUGCCUUGCCAUGGUGCUUGCUUGUCACGUUUUCUUUUCCAACACUUUUUUUAAAUUUAGAAUUAGUCUAUUCUGGGUUAUAUUUGUGCUCAACAGUAAUAUAUUUUCUGUAGUUUGUCUUUCGCAGUUUAUACCUCAACUGUUUUACAUGGACAUUUUGUGUGCUCAUUUUUCCCCCUUUGAUUUCUUGAGACAUUUGGGAGCAUGAUUUCACAUUUUUGGGCUGUUAAGCACAUUUUUUUAGAUAGUAUUUUUUGGUCAACCUUUCUGAGACAAGUGUAUGCUUGCUUGCAUUGUGAUGCGCCGUGUUUGUGCCUGCACAUCACUUGGGUUUUGAAUUUGAACUAAUUUGAUAUACUUUUAAAAAUCAACUUCACCCACUAAUCUAUUACAGUAUGUCUUCAGAUUUUGAACACAGUAGUUAUGGUCAGUACAUACUUGCAUAAAGACUUAAGUGGUUAAUCCAGUAACACACAGUAGUAAUCCUGCCUGUAGAGUGAUAUCUGUGUGUGUAGACUAAUCUUAACCCUGUGUAUUUCUGCUCCUCUCGUACUGCUAAUUGCUGCCCUCGCGUCCUCUGCUGGGCCUAUGUAUGUCUAUCUGUGUAUGUGUCCUCUAUCCUCUCCUCCGCCUCUACCCACCCUCCUCCAGUUCGUAACCCGCCGUAGUACCAAGGUGAGCCUUUGAACAUCAGGCAGAGGCAUUCAGUGAGGUAACAGGGGUACUAAGAGGGAAGAGUUCACCUGUCUGUCAUUUUGUGUAUCACAUGAAAUGAAACAUGGGUUAUAGCUCUUAGGUAUGGAUGUUGUAGGAAUGUAACAGAUUAGGUCAUCUACAGUCUAUAAAUUAUGUUCAGAUUGCGAUAUUCCUGCUACAGUGUACAUCAUAUAGGUCUAAUCUGAUAGUAGCCAAUAAUUAACAUGCAGUAUUUCACACACACUACAUGGAGUGUGUGUAUGUGUAUCUGCAUCAGCCUAACUAUAGAAUGUGGGUGUAGUAGUGUGUAAGGUUGAUAUGUAGAGAAUGCCCACAGGAAGAGAGAUCACAGCAGCAGACAGUUCUUCGAGCCCUAACAGAGUCUACUUUAUCACACACAACAACAGUUGAACACUCCUGAUCGCCUCUCCUCCUCCAGCUCCCUCCCCUCCCUCCUCAUGGUAUGUUCCAGGCCUCAAACCACCCCCUCCCCCAGGGAGAGACCAACUCACAUCCUGGAGGGGUGAACUCUGGUCCUUCUGGUCAUUGGUCAAAGGUCAAAAUCCCUACAAUAACUGGAAUGACUACAGUGUGUAUAUAGUUUGUUUUUCAACCAAGUCCCCACAAAAGGGAAACAGUAACUUGCUGCUGUAGUUUAGCAACCAUCUACGACCAGAGUUCACCUUUUUCCAUAUAGUUCAGUUAACCUGUGCCAGUUCCUUCAAGGACAGUUGAUACUUUUUUAGUGUAGGCCAGAUCAGUACUGUAAGGGGAGACUUAUAUGACACUGGGUGUGGCGUUCUAUCACCUGUGUGCCAGGUGUGUUGACUCACUAUGACCGGUUCACUUUACCAUGGGUUGACCUUAGUUCACCUGGGUUUGUUUGUCUGUUGUUAGCCUGCGUGCCAGUCUGUUUCUGCUCUCUUGCCAACUCCUUAUGGGCAAAUAACAGCAAAUGGAUCUAGGACCAGGCUAUGUACCUGUGUUCUGGGUGGCAGUCUGUUUCCUCUAUGAUCACUGGGAUUAACUGGUAAUGGUACUGUCUCACGGAUGUUGUUUUCUCUUACAUGCGUUUUACUUUUAUUUCUCGAUUCCUUCCUGUUCUCUUCUCUUUCUAUCUUUUCUCCAUCUCUCCCUGCCCCCCUACUCUUUCCCUCCCCAGACCCCCCGAGUCUUAGCCACCCCGGCCUCUGGUCUGUCCAGCUCUCUUUCCAGGGAGGAUGUCAGUGAGGGCAGCCUGUCUUCCAAGGGUGCACUGGGGGCUCCCGUUGUCCCCCUGCCCAGCGGCACCCCCACCACGCCCAGUGCUCCUCCCCCUGCCACCCCUAGCAAGGAGGAGGAGUCUCUGCGAGGUCAGGUGAAGGAUCUAGAGGAGAAGCUGGAGACCCUGAAGAUGAAGCGGGCAGAGGACAAGGUCAAGCUGAAGGAGCUGGAGAAGUACAAGAUCCAGCUGGAGCAGCUGCAGGAAUGGAAGACCAAGAUGCAGGAGCAGCAGGCCGACCUGCAGAAACAACUCAAGGAGGCCAAGAAGGAUGCUCGGGAGGCCCUGGAGUCUAAGGACCGCUACAUGGAGGAGAUGUCAGACACGGCGGACGCCAUCGAGAUGGCCACACUGGACAAGGAGAUGGCCGAGGAGCGGUCGGAGAGCUUGCAGGUGGAGGUGGAGUCACUGAAGGAGAAGGUGGAGGAGCUCACCAUGGACCUGGAGAUCAUCAAACACGAGGUCGAGGAGAAAGGUUCUGAUGGAGCUGCCUCCAGUUACCAUGUCAAGCAACUGGAGGAGCAGAACAGCAGACUGAAAGAGGCUCUGGUCAGGAUGCGUGACCUGUCUUCCUCUGAGAAGCAGGAGCAUGUGAAGCUCCAGAAGCAGAUGGAGAAGAAGAAUGGAGAGCUGGAGACUCUGAGGACCCAGAAGGAGAAGCUACAGGAGGAGAUGAAGCAGGCUGAGGCCACCAUUGAUGAACUGAAGGAGCAGGUUGAUGCUGCUCUCGGGGCAGAGGAGAUGGUGGAGACUCUGACUGAGAGGAAUCUGGACCUGGAGGAGAAAGUCCGAGAGCUCAGAGAGACUGUCACAGACCUGGAAGCGAUCAACGAGAUGAAUGACGAGCUGCAGGAGAACAGCAGGGAGACGGAGAUGGAGCUGAGGGAGCAGCUGGACCUGAACGGGGCCAGGGUGAGAGAGGCCCAGAAGAGGGUGGAGGCCGCUCAGGAGACGGUGGCUGACUAUCAGCAGACCAUCAACAAGUAUCGCGAGCUCACCACCAGCCUACAGGAUAGCAACAGGGAGCUGACCAUUGCUCAGAAUGCCAAUGCAGAGCAGGUCCAACAGCCUCCUGCUGAGCUGUUUGACUUCAAGAUCAAGUUUGCUGAGACCAAGGCCUACGCCAAGGCCAUCGAGAUGGAGCUGAGAAAGAUGGAGGUGGGCCAGGCCAACCGACAAGUGUCUCUCCUCACCUCCUUCAUGCCCGACUCCUUCCUGCGUCAUGGAGGAGACCACGACUGUAUUCUGGUGCUCUUGCUCAUACCAAGACUCAUUUGCAAGGCUGAGUUGAUCAGCAAGCAGGCCCAAGAGAAGUUUGAUCUGAAUGGUAACCCAGUGGAGAGGACUGGGAUGAAGAUGAGAGGACCACCUGGAGAACAACUCAGCUUUGCCUCUGGACUGGUGUAUUCUCUAACCCUGCUACAGGCCACGCUGCACAAAUAUGAACAAUCUCUGAACUGCUGCAGUGUGGAGGUGUAUAAGCGGAUGGGGACUCUCUACUCAGAGAUGAGUGUCCAUGAGCGUUCCCUAGACUUCUUUAUAGACCUGCUGCACAAAGACCAGCUGGAUGAGACUGUACAUGUGGAGCCUCUCACCAAGGCCAUCAAGUACUACCAGCAACUGUACAGCAUCCACCUGGCUGAUCAGACUGAAGAUUGCACCGUGCAGCUGGCUGAUCACAUCAAGUUCAUCCAGAGUGCAUUGGACUGUAUGGGUGCAGAGGUGGUGCGUCUCAGGGCCUUCCUGCAGCCGGGGCAAGAGGGGGCUGACCUGAACAUCCUGCUGAAGGACCUAGACACAUCCUGCAGCGACAUCAAACAGUUCUGCAAGAAGAUCAGACGCAGGAUGCCAGGGACCGACGUGCCAGGGGUGCCUGCCGCUCUGGCCUUUGGCGCACCGGUGUCAGAGACUCUAACGGACUGCAGGCGUCAGCUGACUCGGGUGGUUGCCGUGCUACAGGAGGUAGCUGCGGCGGGGGCGCAGAUGGUCGCUCCUCUAGGAGAACAGGAGGGGCUCAACACCCUCAAACUGGAGGACGUGGCCUUCAAGGCUGUUGAACAGGUGUAUGGGUCCCAUGGCCUGAAUCCCCAUGAGUGUCUGCGUCAGUCCUGCAGCUCUGUCAUCUCCACCAUGAACAAGAUGGCUACCGCCAUGCAGGAGGGAGAGUAUGACGCCGAGCGACCACAGGGAAAGACUCCCCCGGUAGAGGCUCGUGCAGUGGCCCUCAGGGCAGAGAUCACUGACGCAGAGGGUCUGGGAGUCAAACUGGAGGACAGAGACACUGUCAUCAAGGAGCUCAAGAAGUCCCUGAAGAUCAAAGGAGAGGAGUUGAGUGAGGCCCACGUCCGUCUCAGCCUGCUAGAGAAGAAGCUGGAUACGUCCACUAAAGAUGCAGACGAACGUGUGGAAAAGAUCCAGACCAAACUGGAUGAGACCCUCGCCCUGCUCAAGAAGAAAGAGAAGGAGUUUGAGGAAACCAUGGAUGCCCUGCAGGCAGACAUCGACCAGCUGGAGGCAGAGAAAGCAGAGCUGAAGCAGCGUCUCUCCAACCAGUCAAAGGUGACCAUUGAGGGCCUCAGGGCCCCGCCUGCCUCUGGCAUCGCAUCCAUCGUCUCAGGAACCGCCGGAGCGGGUGUUGCCCCAGGAGCAGGGGGCCUGUCUGGGCCGAUGCAGGUGGUGGACUCCCCUCUCCUCCGUCAGCAGGUGGAGACCCAGAGACUGGGCAUCAAACACCUGAAGAACGAGAACAACAGACUGAAGGCAGAGAAGAUGAGAGCCCAGUUAGCCUCCCUCCCUCCCCUCCACGUCCCCAAGCUUCCUCUGAGAGAGGCCUCCACCUCUCCCCCUGCUGAGGGGCCUCUCCAGGGGGCUCUCUACAGGAAGACAGACCAGCUGCUGGGGACCCUGCUCAAGAUGAGUGCCGCCGUUAAGGUGGUCGACAUCACCGGGAAGACUCCAGUGAGUGCGAGUGCUCAGCUCCUGGACCAGACAGCUCGACUGCAGUCUCUGAGUGACGCUCUGGACAAGCUGAAGGGUGAAGUGUCAGAGCAUGUGGUUUCUCAGCAGCCUGGGGCGAAGGUCUCCUCUGACUUUGCCACCUUCCCCAUUUCCUCCUUCGUCAAGGCCAAGGAGGAGAAGCAGGGGGGUACGGUGUUCAUAGGGCGCGUGGCCAUCCCAUGUGCCAAGGGCCAGGAGCAGGUGCACCGUCUUGUCCUAUCACAGCAGCACCUGCAGCAGGUGCACCGCCUCCUCAUGACCUAAGAUGCCAUCCCAUUGGCCUGCGUCCACAAGUGAUAGCAAGCUCAUCAGAUCACAGCAGAUGCAAAAAAUGUUUUCAGUUCCAGUCCAUUUCCUAUUCAUCAGAUUCUCUCAGGACACGGUUACACUACACCACCUGGUCAAAAGGUAUUACCGAUCUAUGCCAAAGAGACACACAAGUGUUCUCGUCUAGUUAUAAUACAGAGUAAUUGUUAUUCUUUACCAACACGUUCUACAUGAUUGUCAGAAGUCUUCUUAAAGCGACUUGACUCGUAAAUGUUGCAUCUCUAGAAUUGAUUUAAGUAUGGAGGAACAAAUAACAAAAUGUAUGCACACCAAGCGAGAUGGAGCAGAAAUUGGUUAACGGCAGAUGGCACAAUUAUUCAUGCAUUGCACUUUUUUUUGUACUGUGGUGAUUAUUUAAAUCUACACCUGUGUAAAACCAGCAGUCGGGACCAAGCAAAUUCACCACUGAAAUAAAUGCCAUUUAGCCACGUUAAUGUGUGAUUCCCGUUUGAGAUGGACUAAUGUAUUCUAAAUCAGGGUGUCAAGGCACCCUAUGACAAUGAAGUUCCAAUUCAGACACCUUUAACUUAUGUUGCGAUGGGACGCUAAUUUGAGAAAUGUAGGGUGUUUGACAUGCCUACAGCAACCAGGUUUCACUGAUUUAUAAAUAGACCAUAGUUGAAUGACUAACACCAACACUAUCAUAUGUACCGGUGUCAUUAUGGUUGAUGAAUGCAAGUAUGUCUGGGUGGAAAAGACAGCAUUUACAAUUCAUGAAUAGUCUUAACUUUCAGCACUAGCCACAUCCUAAUCUCAAAAGCCAUUAUACUGUAUAACGUGUUCAGUGCAGAACAUUUCAACCAUAUAUACCUACUCUCCAACAGUGUUCAUUGUGGACUGAGUGACUAUCCAUCUGUCCUGUAUCCAAAAACGGACCAAUAAAGUUCUUACCUAACAAAAUUGA